UGGAAGGAUCGGUCAUUGCAAGUGGGUGCAGAGCGCUGUCCUGAUCCGCAGAUGAUGCGUAUUAACGAGUGCAACGCGCAGAGCGGGUGUUGCAGUGCGGGAGAGACCGAGUCGGGACCAGCGACCGGGAGCAGCACCGACUGGGGAGUGGCUCCAAAUUGUGCUGCAGUUCUGGAACAAGAUAUUAAAAGUGGAUAAGCAAAGAUGUGCAGCACAUUUAAUCCCAAGGAACCUGGACCCAGUCUUUCUGAUGUGAAUCAAUAUAGUCAGUGGCUGGCAAGCAGGCAUGAAGCUAGUUUACUUCCAAUGAAAGAGGACUUGGCUUUGUGGUUGACAAAUUUACUAGGGAAGGAGAUCACGGCGGAAAGUUUUAUGGAAAAGUUGGACAAUGGAGCGCUUCUCUGUCAGCUGGCACAGACAUUACAAGAGCAAUUCAAAGAAAACAGCAGUGAAUACAAGGCUGCCAAGAGUCUGCCUGUGAAGAAGAUACCUUGCAAACCAAAUGCUCCCUCGGGGUCAUUUUUUGCCCGUGACAACACUGCCAACUUCCUAGCCUGGUGCAGAGAAGUGGGGGUGGAUGACACUUGCCUUUUUGAGUCUGAAGGUUUAGUCCUUCAUAAAGAGCCCAGAGAAGUAUGCCUGUGCUUACUGGAACUGGGGAGAAUAGCCUCCAGGUUUGGAGUCGAGCCAUCAGGACUGGUGAAAUUGGAAAAAGAAAUUGAACAGGAAGAGUCUCGUUCUGCACCACCACCAUCUCCUUCUCCAACCAAAUCACCUGGGAAGAAGAGUGCGGGGAAGCUGUUGGAUGAUGCGGUAAAACGCAUUUCAGAAGAUCCACCGUGUAAAUGUCCGACCAAGUUUACAGUGGAACGUCUGUCUCAAGGGCGGUAUCGUGUUGGUGAAAAGAUUCUAUUCAUUAGGAUGCUGCACAAUAAGCAUGUGAUGGUGCGUGUAGGAGGGGGAUGGGAAACGUUUGAAAGCUACCUGCUAAAGCACGACCCCUGCCGGAUGCUGCAGAUCUCGAGAGUGGAUGGCAAGACCUCACCGCUCCCUAACAAGUCCCCGUCAAUCAAGGACCUGAGUCCCGAUAGUUACCUUGUUGUGGCUGCUCACUACAGAGGCAGGAAAGAGAGUGCAAACAAUAAUAGUGGUAACUGGGUGACAAAGUGA